AGCAGCAUCGGGCACCAGGCCGUAGACGCGAACUGUGCCGCCUCACGUACCGAGCAGCGCUCCACACGUCGGCCUUUGUCGUGCCUGCCGAAAUUCAGACGCGAGACGCCCCUCAAAAGCCGCGCCGCCUCAGCAGUCCGCAGCGGCAGCCGCGCGAGCGCGAGACGCCGCCGUCGCGAAGCCGCCAUGGCGUCGACAGACGCCCUCGCGACGACGACACAAACAAAUGACGACCCGCCCCUCGACGACGACGCCGUCGAGGCCGCGCACAUCGCGCCGUCCACCCUCGCGACGAAGCCGAAGCCGCCGCAACCACAGAAGACGCGCGGCGCCACGGGCUGCCUCGUCAUGGCGCCGCCGCCGCCGCGCCCGCCGGCGCGAAAGAAAAUCGUCCUCGAGGAGGAGGAGUACGUCGACGAACUACGUCGAAUCAUCCAGCGCGACUACUUCCCGGACGGCGCUUCACGAGAUGACGUCGCGGCGCUGGAUAUGAGUUUAGACGCCUUCGCGGCGAAGCACACGUCCGAGGACAACGCGUCGUUCGAGGAGGCGCUGGAGCGAGCCAGGAACGCGCACGUGCGCAAGUACUGGUGGUGCUACGACGCCGAGCGGUUGAAGGCCGCUGGUAUUGAGGUGCCGGACACGUCGUCGUUGGGUACUCAUUUAUUAUCGGACGGGACGCGCAUUUCCGAAGAACGGCGGUUGAAGGCGGACGCCGCGGCCGACAACGCACCGAUGGCCGCGGAUGACUCGCAACGCUUACUAGAUUUCGCGCCGCACGAGCCGCGGAACGCUUUGUUGUUUCCGCCGGCCUACGAGGGUGCCCAGAAAAGGCCGGUGGUCAAGGCGAUCCAGCGCGCGAACACACGGUUUCGUCCCGAGGAGCCGCGCGCGCGCUCAAAUACGACAAGCAGCUAUCCGGACCUGUCCUCGGUGUCGUCGGAGACGACCUCUGCUGCUGCUGACGAGGGCCUCGUGCCCAUGACGCCUAGGAUCCUGCCGGGCGGCGACGAGUCGCCGCUGAUGACGUGGGGCGCCGUCGCGGCUACGCCGCGAUUGCUGGAGAGGGACGACCGGCGCCAGGAGCUCGGCCGGGCCCUCGACGCGCGGGCGAAGCGGCGGCGGACAGCGCUGCCGGCGCCCUCGCCGCUGCGGGCGGCGCUGGACGCG